AUGGCUUCUUCUUCUUGUUCUUCAUCACUCUUUGCAGCCAUUGACAUGGGCACAAACUCAUUCAAGAUGAUCAUAAUCCGAGCCUACCCAAAUGGCAAGUUCCUCACCAUUGAUCGUCUCAGAGAGCCUGUUGUUCUUGGCCGUGAAACCACUCCCACAUCAUCAUCAUCAACCCCUUUUACACUCUCAGCUCAAUCUCAGCUCAUUGCUCUUGAGGCUCUCAAGAAGUUUCAGAACACGUUGACAUCAUACAAAGUCAGCAAAGCCCAAGUCCGCUGUGUUGCCACUGCUGCUGUGCGUGAGGCUGUGAAUAAAGGUGUGUUCUUGAAAUGUGUUAGUGAUAACAUUGGUUUAGAGGUUGAUGUGUUGCCUGGUGAAGAGGAAGCUAGGCUUGUGUAUUUGGGUAUGCUUCAGUUUUGGCCUAUGUAUGAGAAUUUGGUUUUGGGUGUUGAUAUUGGAGGUGGGUCUACUGAGUUUGUGAUUGGGAAGCAGGGGAUAGUUGUUUUUGGUGCUUCAUUGAAGUUGGGGCAUGUGAGUUUGACCCAGAAAUUUGGGAACAGUGUUGGUCAGAUUAGGGAGCAUAUUAGGUUGGUUGUUAAAGAAUCUGGGUUGGUUAGGAAGAUUAAAAAUUGUGGCUUUGAGGUUGUUGUUGGAUCCUCUGGUACUAUUAAGGCAGUCGAGAAGGCAGUGUUUAAUGGGUAUGUGAAUAAGAGCAAUGUGAUUGAGGUUGGCAAUGUAGCUUGUAUAGGGGAUGGUAGGAAGGAUUGGAGGUUGAGUAGAGGAGAAGUGAAGGGUGUUGUUGAGAGUUUGUGUGGUGGAGGAGAGGGAGAGAAGAUUAGGAGGGAGAAGUUCUUUGAAAGGCGGUCUGAGUUUAUUGUUGCUGGGGCUGUGUUGUUGGAGGAGAUAUUUGAGGUGCUUGGAAUUGAGGAAAUGGAGGUUUCUGGUUAUGCAUUGGCAGAAGGUGUUAUUGUAGAAAGUUUGGCUAAGGUUAAUGGUGGGUAUGAUUUGACUGCCAAUGCAAGGUGGUCUUCUGUUGUUCGGCUUGCGAUGAGGUAUAAUGGCAAGAAGAGGAUGAGAGCUGCUGUUCAGUGUACAAACACUGCAAAGGAGAUUUUUGAAGGUUUAAGAAAAAGUGAUGACCUAGCUGAUAAUCAAUUUGCUGCCUCCCUAGAUGACAAGGAUCUUGAAUAUCUUGAAGCUGCAACUUUGCUUCACAAUAUUGGGGUUUUCAUGGGGAAAAAAGGUUACCAUAAGCACUCAUACUGCAUCAUCAUGAAUGGUGAGCAUCUCCAUGGUUACAGUUCUGAGGAGGUUAAGCUGAUAGCACUACUUGCAAGACAUCAUAGGAAGAAAUUACCAAGCUCUGAUCAUGCUUCCUUUACACAAUUUCCAGGAGAGAUGACAAAGAAAUUCAGAUUUCUAUGCACAAUUCUCCGUGUUUCUGUUGCACUACAGAAAAUGGAAUUCUCAAAUUCUUAUGAAGGCUUUAAGCUGGUAAACUGUGGUGUAAAAGAUCAAACUUCUUUACUUUUUAACCCUCUAGCCGAGGAUAUUGAGGAAGAACUAAGACAAGAAUUGGAAUACUUCAAGCUGGUAUUCUUUAAAGAGCUGCUCAUGAUUGCUCCUUUGAGUGUUCCAGACCCGAGAUGA